AUGGAUGAUCCCUUCGUGUCCUGCCCGUACAACAUUGCUCAUCGGGUUCCUCGCUCGCGUAUACAAGCGCACAUCGCGAAAUGCCAAUUGAGGUACCCGAAGCUCCACAUUUGCCCGUACAAUGCCACCCACCGGCUGCCUGAAACGGAAAUGAAGGCUCACGUCUUAAGCUGCCCGGCAAAGGAUGCCAUCUUCCCAGGAGACAAACCUCCGAAAGUCACUGGCUCGCUGACCAAACCUAAGCCAAUAUUACAAAGAGAUUACCUGCCUGAGACUGAUCCAAAUCACGAAAUAUGGGAUGAC